AAAACAUGAUAGUGGAACCAAUGAACACAAAAACAACGGACGCUUUUUGAUGAUACACAAACAUGGCAGCGUCCGUACUCACGAGAUUUUGUAUAAAUAAAUCUAAAGGCUCGAUUAGAUUUAUUCAGCGACGGUAUCGAGUUAAAACUAAAUGGGCAGCAACAAGGCCCACGUUUCCAGCCACUGAACUUGCUCUGCACAACUUUGACACAAGCUACAGUAUACAGUUAAGGGACCUAUGGCCCUCUAUUAGAGUUGCCAUGCUGUCUGAACAAAAGUAUGGAGCCCUGAUAAACAGUUUCUCUUCAGCACCCAAUGUUAUAACCGAAUUAGAAGCUCAAGGAUGUAAAGACUUCAUCAGUAUUGACUGCACCAGAAAUGAAGUCCAUCAAUCUUCACUGGACUCCAUGACUUCACACAGAGAUUCAGCAGAGCUGGAUCCUGCUGCUCUUCAACCCAGUAUGAGUCCCGAUAUAAAAUGUCUUGUUUUCCCCAAAGGAGACAUAUCUAGAUUUAAUCCAGCUAGACCUGACAGCAGUGGCAUAUUGGGAUAUUAUCUUCUGGAUGCUGCCUCAGUGCUGCCUGUUCUAGCAUUGGAUGUCCAGCCAGGACACACAGUAUUGGAUCUAUGUGCAGCUCCAGGAGGGAAGACUCUUGCGCUCCUGCAGACACAUUCAGUCAAUCAUCUGUGGGCAAAUGAUCUGUCAGGUUCCCGCACAAUGCGAUUACGCAGGACACUUCAGAGCUACCUGCCUAAAGAGUUCCUGGAAGAAAACAAAAUCCACAUCACAUCCACGGAUGGUCGGCAGUUAGGCAUGACAGAGGAGAAAAGCUUUGAAAGAGUGCUUGUAGAUGUCCCCUGCACCACAGACAGACACUCUGCAAUGGUGGAAGAGAACAAUAUUUUUAAGAGAUCUAGGACCAAAGAGAGACAGAAACUUCCCCUCUUGCAAACACAGCUGCUUCUGGCUGGGAUCCAGGCCACGCGAGGGGGUGGAAACAUAGUGUACUCUACUUGUUCCCUGUCCCAGCUGCAGAAUGAGUGUGUGGUGCAAAAGGCCAUAAGUCUCGCUCAGCGGGAGCUGGGAAUCACAGUGCAGGUUCAGGACCUCAGAUGGUUUGCGCAAUGCUUUUCUGACACUUUCCACUUUGCGCCACAGUUAAGUGUCGGGGAGUUGGUUUUACCACACCUGUGUGCUAACUUCGGACCAAUUUAUAUGUGUAAAUUACAACGAAUGAACUAGAUGGACAUUCAGAAAUUAGCUUAGCUGACAUCAUCACACGUUUGUGCUUCAGUAGUGCCCCCUAUUGAGCAGACAUGGAGCUUUUUCAGCCAGUAAGACAGACAUAAAUCUACCUUGAAACAUUUUGUUGUAGAUGUAAUAAUGUCAUUAUUAUAAUUUUGUAAAUUGUUAUUUGAUUAUCAGAUUUAUUAAAGUUAAAUAUGGUGCAAAAAGACCAAAACAGUCUUGUUUUUCCAAUUGACUCUUCCCUCCUGUGUAGAACAUUGAAAAGCUAAUGCCAACAUUCAUGCUAUGAUGACAAGUCAACUAAAAAGAAUGAUCUGAUUCAGGAGUGGAGCAUGCAGCGAUUUUGAAAAUGUUUUUGAAAACUGAGAAUCCUGUUUACGGUUUUUCACAUGUUCCCAGGUCUGGCCAGUAGGGGGCGUCCACAGACCGUUAUAGAACUGACCGUUAGCUGUUAAAAGUAGAAACAAAUGAGACUGAUUUUGUCUUUCAGCAUAAUUCAAACAGCACUGUCGCUAGGAGGGCUAAAACAUGAUGAUAUUCAUGUUCAAUGUUAUAUUUAUUUAUAUUAAUGGAGCAGUUCAUUUGCCUGAAGGAUGCACAGACAUGAAUGAAGCCCAUUAACUUUUAACUUUUUUUAUUAUUAUUAUUUUGUUAGAUGCUGUAUCUAACCACUAUUAUUUUUGAAUAGUUUAAAAUUAAAACUUCCAUGUAGUCUAUCGAUUAAUAUGAGGCCUAAAUGCUGAAUGCAUAAUAAUGAUUGAAUUUUCUUUUACAAUAGUCUCAAGUUGCAGGACACUACUGAAUCUGAUUGAAAAUUCAUAUAUCAGCUGCCCACAAACAAAUUCAAACUGGAAAAUUUGAGUUUAUCUCUAUACACAGGCAAUUGGAUUGAGUAUUCAGUGGUGUUUAUAAUAACAUAUUCAUUAUAAGGAUAAAGAGUAUCCGUGAGCAAGACAAGCAGCGCUCUUAUGAAUGCUGUAUGGGCUGAUGUGUCUGCAGCACUUCUACACCUAAUGUUUGCACUCCGAAUGUGUCGUUUAGAUUUGGCAUCAGAGGAGUGUUUUGUUUUCUGCUAGCAUAUAAAAGGUUCAAUUUUCCCCCGGUUGUCCAUGAACCUUGCGUCUAUUCCGGGCAAUGUAGCAUGAAAAGGUGUGCGCAUUUUAGUAAGAGGGGCUGACGAGAGCCAUCGACUCCCCGCUAUCAUUAAGCUGCUCGGAAACUGUUCCAUCGGUGCCAGAGUCGAGAUUGGCCGAGCAGUCGUUUACUCGCUGGCUUCUCGUUGAACAUUAAGGACGCAAGAGGAUACUAAAAUGGGAUGCUUUCCCCUCGUUUUCCCCUUCGCCUUUUAUUCCACAGAUGAGUGCAGAUAAUUUUCUGUGCGAUUGUGAGUGAUUACUGUAUUACCGCGGUAAUAUAGGGUUAUUUGGGAAUGCAAAGAGAAUUAAUGACACAUAAAAACUAUUUUUGCAUUGACUGCCUCUCUCGGCCGGGAUAUUUCUCCAUGCCUGCAUCUUGUGAUUACCUAAACGUAUUGUAAAUAUGUGUUUCCUAUGGGCUUUUACAUAAAUUUACAUUUUUUAACACUCAGGAGACAGAGGGACCAUUAGGGACGAGUUAUUUUCAUCUAUACGUUUUAUUCAUUAUUGACUUUGACACUGCUGAGGAUGCUGGCAUCUGAUCAUUUGGCGAGCACCUUGCCAAUGAUGUAAAUCGGAUGUAGAUCUUUGUAAUGACAGAAACAUGUCUGGAAUAUCGUCUGGACGCCGAGGCCUUAUAAUGAUGGAAUCUCAGAUGUCCGUAGGUGGGUAAAAGUCAUAACGGCUUCCCCUGGAAAAGGCAAACAUGAGUGUUUUGUGGGGGAAAAAAUACUUAUGAUUCAAUCACACAGCCCAGUAUUCUUUCUGGAACUUUUGCAAAGUUCAUUUCAAAACUGCAGGACACCUCCAAAGGGUCACGCUCACUCCUUUGAUUCCCUUAUUUGUAUGUUAGAUUAGUGUAGAGAUUAAUUACUAAAAUACAACAGUUAUAGGAUAGUUCACCUAAAAAAGAGCAUUCUGUCAUCAGUUACUCACCUUUAUUUUCAAUCCCAUAUGAACUUCUUUCUUCUGCUGAACACAACAUAUUUAAAAAGAAAAAAAAACUGCCAGUGAAAGUUAAUGGAGUUCAGUGUUGUUUUGGACACGGAUACAAACAGUUCUUCAAAGUAUCUUCUUUUGUGCUCCAAAGAAGAAAGUAAGUUAAACAGGUUUCGAUUAAUGACAUGGCAGUUUUUGACUUUCUUUUUUCUACAGAACACAAAAUAGGAUUUAAUAAGAUCAAAUUUUGAUUCUAGUUAACUUAAGUCCAUGGGAACUGAAAUUUUAAUUUUUU